AGCUUUGUUCAGGGUAAUUCAUGAUGCUUUCAAAGAAAAACAGGCAAUAAGACACAUUAGAAACACAUAAUACUUUGGAAAUUUUGAUUUUAGAAAAUAAAAAAUUAAGUGCCAUAUAAAAGUAACAUUAUGUGGAAAUACAAACAUAUGCUAAAUGGUACAUAACAGAAAAAGAUGGAGGGAAUCUUUCCGUUUACUUGUGGUAAACAGAAAGAUUUGCAGUUCAGAUUUCAACAGACCAACAUUUUCUAAGUAGGUUUUCACGGAGUUGGUUUCAGGAAGGAAGGUAUAAAGAGCACCUUCCUUAUGGUCCAGGUUUAAUUAUGGUCCAGGAAACACUGAGUGAACAGGUAUCUGAUGAUCUCAGUGAUGUACAUUUUUUAUACCUGACCAGUACCUCUGAAAUACAUUUAGGCCAAAAUUCAUUAAGUGCUUUGUAAUCCAUUGAAGCAAUUUCACAUUUACAAAUCUUGAGCAAGGUCUUGCUUUUCAGUCCUCUUUCUUUUUUUUUUUUUUUUUGCCUUCAACUUGUCGUGCAGAAACAAUGAGCCUAGCUCAGCAUGCUGGCUCUGUCCUGUUGUGUCAAUACCACCAACGGAUGAAUACAUAUAGAUUUGGCCCAGCUCUGAAUUAGAAAAAUGACCUAAAAUGGUGUUUUUUAGACCCAGCAGUUUAAAAAAAACUGCAUACGUUACCAUGGUUACUGACCCUGGUAAGUGAAGCAGCUUCAAGAUUGAUUUUAUUGAAAUUCCCGAACUGACUCAGACUGACUCACUAAUCCUGCUACAUCCCCCUCAAUAAGAGUCGGAUGUUUUUAGCAUGUAUUGAAAAGUAUACUUUGGCCCUUUCUGCAAAAAAAUCUGCAAUAGCUGAAAUUAUCCCUUGGUAAUCUAUUUAGGCAAUUACUGUCAAAUACUAGAAUUUUCACCUAAAUGAAGUGCUUAUCAAUCCAAACCACCCAAGUAUGGAAUAACACAAAUUCAGCACUGUUGGUCAUUCGAAUGAAGCCCAGAAUUAUACCAGUUCUAUGUUUGUCCAGUUUAUGCCCAUUAAUGAAUAAAAUAUUGAUUACAAAAUCAAGCAAGACCACUGUAUGACUAAAUGAGGAGAAACUGUUGACAAUAUGUGUUUAUUUUUGAACCGCGUUGGCAGGUCGUUGCAGCCUGGAGAGAUUCCACAUGAUGUCACUCGGAUGAAUUUUCUGCAGUCGGUGAAUGUCUAAACAAAUAUCUGCAAACUCUCUUUCGACGUUGCAUAAUGGAGAAGUACUUGCUUGAAUCGACCAUGAGCUACUAGCUAUGUUGCUCAGCAGCACAGAGUGCGAAGAUGUUUUGCAUCCCCUUUAAACGACGGAAGAAAAAACGUCAAACGGAUGCAUGUGGAGAUGAUAAAAUCUCUUCUCUGCAGAACAGCUUGCAGACAAAUGCACCAUUUCCCAAAACCUCCUGGUGGCUCUGUGUUCCUUAUAAGAAGAAAAAGAAAAAUAAGACCCAUUUCAAUCAAGAUGUUGUCGAGUUUUCAAUUUCGUCAGCCUCAGUGACAGAAAAGAGCUCCAGCACAAAGUCACAGGAUGCAGAAGUUAGUGUCGGGGUCUGGGUAUAUCCUUCUUCUGACAGUACUCUAUCUACUUAUAAUGAUUACGAGACUCCAGAUUCGGUCCAAUCACGCUUCACCGAAAAAACAGACAAAGUCAGGGAAGUACCAAAUAGAGAGCUUAGGAGAAAGAAACAUCCUUCUAGAGUAUCAAGAGAAACUGAGAAUGAUACAAAGAGAGUCUCUUCAACUGAGAGCGUAGAAGUCAUAUGUCCUGAGCCUUCCCCUGGAUCCGUCACAGAUGUCUCAGUUACUGAGGUUAAUGAAAUUCAGCCACAAGUCUCACCUGAGUUCAACAUUUUUAUCCCUGACUCCAAUAGCUACAACAACCUGAAUCUAUAUUUAGGGAUCAGAGAAACUGGACCAAAUGAGGAUUUAGACUGCCUUGGGUUACCCAACCUGGGACUGACUUGCUACAUCAACUCUAUCCUACAAAGCCUUCUCACCCUGAGAUGCUUCGUUCAAGAGCUCCACAACCAGCUGCCCGUGUGGAGUUCUCACCCCAAAUCCCAGCUCUUCAGAGCAAUUCUAGACACUGAAGUCUCCUGCUUCUCCGACAUAAAAGAGGAGAAAAAAGCGGUUCUGUCCUUCUUUAAAAAGACCGUCGCCGAGUUUAAUUCAAGCUUUGAUGAUGAUGGACAGAAAGACGCCUCCGAGUUCCUCAUCUGUGUUCUGGACAUAAUGAGGUCCCUGUCGCACGACAUGCACGCGAGAGCGUCGGACUUGGGCUUGACCUACAAAUGCCCUGUCGCUGAGCACAUUGCACUGCAGAUGAUGAGCACCAGAACCUGCAUGGGAUGCGGUGAUCAGUCCCACACGGUGGAGGACUUCGUCAGCCUCAGCCUGGAUCUGGUCCCACGCGGAUCAGUGAACCAGUGUCUACAGGAGUACCUCAGGGAGGGCCAUUUAGAACACAUGUGCCAUUGUGGAGUGAAGGACUCAUCAGUGCAGAGCUCAUUCCUCACUCUUCCAAACGUGCUGAUCCUGCACCUGAAGCGCUUUAAAUUCACCAGGUCAAAUGCAGUGAAGAAGAUAAAAAAGCCCGUCGCUCUGUCGAGAGAACUUGUGGUGAGAGAAGAGUUCACAACCACAAAAAAUACAGCGACUUAUUAUUUUUUGGUGAGCGUCGUCAGCCACAUAGGGUCCAAAGCUGACAGCGGCCAUUACAUCUGCGACGGCAUUCACAGGAGGCAGAAUAUGGACAUUACAGACGACUCUUGGCUGACUUACGAUGAUGCGCACGUCAGCCAGACAACAGAAGAAGAGGUCUGCUUGUGGCGGGAGCGAAACGCUUUCCUGCUCUUCUAUGAAAAACAAGCCCUUGAAAAAAUAAAAGGCCGGUGACCAGGGCUGCAGUGGACCUGGCAGCAACUCCUACAAUCCCAGAAGACGUCAGAGUACGAGGAUGGGGGCGGGGGGGGGUCGUCAUUCCUUUCACAUUAGCUGCUGUGAUUGCUCUACCGCCAUAAUGAUGACAACUCAAGGUGACCAUCAUUGCUCCGUGCCAGAAAAGUGUCUGGACCUUGGGGAAAACCUGGCCAUGUGGAGUAUUUCUUCUUUUCUUACCUCCUUGAUGCAGCACUUCACCUUUUUCAUGUCUGCUAAGAGGAGAAUGCAGUGGACUAAAGCUGCAAACACAGCGACAUGAUAUAAAAUCACAUAAUAAAAAAGAUGCAAUGCUGUGCUUUCCAGAUUUUUUUUGUGUUUUUUUUUUUAAACUAUAUGCAUACAGAGCUGACGCCGUCUCAUCUGCCAAUAAUUCCUCCCAACAGCUGAGUGCCAGUUUUCCCCACAUCCUGUGCAAUCAAGCGACUCUCUGUGUGGCAGCUUCUUGGUGGGAGACAGGAGAGCCUGCUGCAUUCAGGGGAGAUUGGACCCUCACAGCCUGAUAAGGAGGCUUGGGUUGGCACCACACAAAAGCUUGAGUAAAUUCUUUGAGUUGCCCAGGAGUUGUGAAUGAAUUUUUGAGUUGAUGUGUGUGAAAAAAAAAAAA